AUGAACAUCCACUCUUUUCCCUAUUCCAGCGCUCCGCUGAAGACCAUCCAGGAGAUCCAGUUUGGUCUCUUCUCGCCCGAGGAGAUCAAGAACAUGAGCGUGUGUCACAUCGAAUACCCAGAGACUAUGGACGAGCAACGGAUGCGCCCGCGAGAAAAGGGCUUGAACGACCCCAAGUUGGGUUCAAUCGAUCGCUCUGUUGCUUGCGGCACCUGCGGUGAAGACAUGCUCGAGUGUCCCGGUCACUUUGGUCACAUUGAGCUUGCUGUGCCCGUCUUCCACGUCGGUUUUGUCACCAAGAUCAAGAAGAUCCUCGAAUCCGUCUGCCACAACUGUGGCAAGGUCUUGCUUGAUGAAAGCAUUCCCGCUUUUGCCCAAGCUGUCAAGAUGAGAGACCCCAAGCGCCGUUUCGAUGCUAUCCACAGACUGUGCAAGGCCAAGACGACCUGCGAUCCUGACGAGGCUGGUGACGACGGAGACGACCCAAAAGACGCCUUGAAGAAGGGCAAGCGAUCACACGGUGGCUGCGGCAACCUGCAACCCACAAUUCGCAAGGAUGGCCUCAAGCUUACCGGCACUUACACAUUCCCCAAGGACGCCGACACGGAACAGAAGCCGGUAGAAAAGAAAGUCAUUACGCCCCAGAUGGCCCUCAACGUCUUCCGCAAUAUCUCGACAUACGACUUGGCCAGGAUGGGUCUCAACGCAGACUACGCUCGUCCCGAAUGGAUGAUCUUGACUGUGCUGCCUGUACCGCCACCAGCCGUCCGUCCCAGUGUCUCGGUCGAUGGAACCAACCAGGGCAUGCGUUCUGAGGAUGAUCUGACCUUCAAGCUCAGUGAUAUCAUCCGUGCCAACGCCAACGUUCGCAAGUGUGAGCUCGAGGGCUCUCCACACCACGUUAUCGCAGAGUUUGAGGCUUUGUUGCAGUUCCACGUCGCCACAUACAUGGAUAACGACAUUGCAGGACAGCCCAAGGCUUUGCAAAAGUCUGGUAGACCAGUCAAGGCUAUUCGUGCGCGUCUGAAGUCCAAGGAAGGUCGCCUCCGCGGUAACCUCAUGGGCAAGCGUGUCGACUUCUCUGCUCGUACUGUCAUCACUGGUGACCCGAACUUGUCUUUGGAUGAAGUGGGCGUUCCUAGAAGUACCGCGCGUAUUCUUACCUUCCCUGAGACAGUCAACGCCUUCAACAUCGAUAAGCUGCAACAACUCGUCCGCAACGGUCCCAACGAACACCCUGGAGCCAAGUAUGUCAUUCGAGAUACUGGCGAGCGCAUCGACUUGCGCCACCACAAGCGCGCUGGCGAGAUUCAGCUGCAAUACGGUUACAAAGUCGAAAGGCACAUCGUCGAUGGUGAUGUUAUUAUCUUCAACCGUCAGCCUUCGCUACACAAGGAGUCCAUGAUGGGUCACAGAGUUCGUGUCAUGCCUUACUCAACCUUCCGCCUCAACCUUUCCGUUACCUCACCUUACAACGCCGAUUUCGAUGGUGAUGAGAUGAAUUUGCACGUUCCCCAGAGUCACGAAACUCGCGCAGAAGUCUUGAACCUUUGCAUGGUUCCCCUCAACAUCGUUUCCCCUCAGCGAAACGGUCCUUUGAUGGGUAUCGUGCAAGAUACCCUUUGCGGUAUUUACAAGAUGUGUCGUCGUGACGUCUUCCUCGACAAGGAGAUUGUCAUGAACAUCCUCAUGUGGGUACCUGACUGGGACGGCAUCAUUCCUCCACCUGCCAUUGUCAAGCCUCGCCCGAGAUGGACCGGUAAGCAGAUUGUCAGCUUGAUCGUCCCCUCCGGUCUCAAUCUUGUUCGUGGUGACGCAGAGGGCAUGCAUCCCCUCAACGACAACGGAUUGAUGGUUCACGGUGGUGAGCUGAUGUACGGUCUGUUCAGCAAGAAGUCCGUCGGUGCCAGUGGAGGUGGUAUUAUUCACAUCGUCUACAAUGAGAAGGGCUGGGAAGCUGCGGUCAACUUCUUCAACGGCGCACAGCGUGUUGUCAACUACUGGCUGCUUCACAAUGGCUUCAGUAUCGGCAUCGGUGACACAGUCCCUGACGAAGCAACUGCCGAGGCUAUCACAGACGCGGUCAACGAGCAGAAGGCAGAGGUUGCUGUCAUCACUGAGGCUGCUACUGCUAACGAGCUGGAGGCUCUGCCUGGUAUGAACGUUCGCGAGACGUUUGAGAGCAGAGUAUCCAAGGCUCUGAACAGUGCCCGUGAUAAUGCCGGUGACCGUACUGAAAAGAGUUUGAAGGACUUGAACAACGCCAUCCAAAUGGCUCGUUCAGGAUCCAAAGGCUCAGCGAUCAACAUCUCACAGAUGACGGCUGUCGUCGGUCAGCAGUCAGUCGAAGGCAAGCGCAUUCCUUUCGGCUUCAAGUACAGAUCGCUUCCCCACUUCACCAAGGACGAUUACUCUCCCGAGUCUCGUGGUUUCGUCGAGAACUCGUACCUUCGUGGACUUACACCAUCUGAGUUCUUCUUCCACGCCAUGGCUGGUCGUGAGGGUUUGAUCGAUACCGCUGUCAAGACUGCCGAAACUGGUUACAUUCAGCGUCGUCUCGUCAAGGCCCUCGAAGAGGUCAUGGCUAAGUACGACGGCACUGUCCGCAACUCAUUGGGUGACGUCGUGCAAUUCGUCUACGGUGAAGACGGUUUGGAUGCCGUGCAUAUCGAAGGCCAGAAGCUGGACAUCAUCAACUGCUCCGACAGUCAAUUCGAGAAGAAGUUCCGCAUUGACGUCAUGGACCCCAAAAUGUCUCUCUCUCCCGACAUUCUCGAACAAGCACAUGAGAUCGCAGGUGAUGUUGAAGUUCAGCGUCACCUGGAUACUGAGUACGAAGCAUUGUUGGCUGAUCGAGCUCUGCUCAGAGACGGUCGUACUGAUGAUGAGGAGACUCAUCAACUUCCACUCAACAUCACUCGUAUCGUCGAGAGUGCCAAGACCAGAUUCCGCAUCAAGGACGGCGCUCGAAGCGAUCUUCACCCAUCCGAAGUCAUUCCCAAGGUCCAGAAUCUGCUCGAUCAGAUCGUCAUUGUCCGUGGUGAUGACCCUCUUUCCCAAGAGGCACAAUACAACGCCACUAUCUUGUUCAAGGCCUUGCUGAGAUCCCGUCUUGCUUUCAAGCGUCUGGUCAAGGAGUACUCUUUGAACAAGCUGGCUCUUGACAAUAUUCUUGGUGACAUCCUGAACCGAUUCUCAAGAUCGCUCGUCAGUCCUGGUGAGAUGGUUGGUGUUUUGGCUGCACAGUCUAUCGGUGAGCCCGCUACCCAGAUGACGCUCAACACUUUCCAUUUCGCCGGUGUCUCGUCUAAGAACGUUACCCUUGGUGUGCCCCGUCUGAAGGAAAUUCUGAAUGUGGCCACUAACAUCAAGACACCUUCCAUGACUGUCUACCAAUCCGCCGAAAACCGUCUCGACCAAGAAGCUUGCAAGAGACUUCGCAGUCUUGUCGAGUACACCAGCUUGCGUUCAAUCACCGAGAAGACUGAGAUUUGGUUCGACCCUGACAUCCAAUCUACUGUUGUUGAACUCGACAGAGAUAUGGUAGAAUCUUACUUCAUCAUUCCUGAAGAAAACGCAGAGAGCCCUGAGACGUAUUCCAAGUGGCUGUUGCGUAUCGUUCUCGGCCGAAGACAACUCUUGGACAAGGGUCUCUCGGUUGCCGAUGUCGCUGCUGCGAUCAGAAAUGUUUACAACCACGAGAUGUCCAUUAUCUUCAGUGACGACAAUGCCGAUGAACUUGUCAUCCGUAUCAGACCUUCAAACCAGAUCAUGGAAUCCAAGGAGGAUGAUGAUACUGCUCUUGAGGCCGAUCUUGUCAUUCAGAGGCUGGAAAACCAUCUGUUGGACCAGACCAGACUUCGUGGAGUUCUAGGUGUGGAACGUGCUUUCGUCAAUUUCAAGGAACGCCUGCGUGUCAAGGAAGACGGUGGUCUCACCAUGUCCAAGAGUGAUCCUCUUUGCAAGGAAUGGUUCUUGGAUACUAGUGGAACUGCUCUCAAGGAAGUCCUUACUGUUGAAGGUACUGAUCCUACUCGCACCUACACUAACCACUUCAUCGACAUCUUCAGUGUAUUCGGUAUCGAGGCCACCAGAUCUGCUUUGAUGAGAGAACUGAAGCAAGUGCUUUCCUUCGACGGUUCUUAUGUCAACCAUCGCCAUCUCGCUCUUUUGGUCGACAUCAUGACUGCUCGCGGUAAUCUGAUGGCUGUCACUCGUCACGGUAUCAAUCGUGCUGAUACUGGUGCACUGAUGCGUUGUUCGUUCGAAGAGACAGUCGAAAUUCUAUUUGAAGCCGCCUCCUCUGGUGAGCUUGAUGACUGCCGUGGUGUUUCCGAGAACAUUAUCCUUGGUCAACUUGCUCCUUCAGGUACUGGUGAGUUCGAUGUUCUCUUGGACCAGCAGAUGCUCAGCACUGUCGUUUCUCGCCAUCACGGUAUGGGUGCCGGUACUCAAGCUGGCGCUGCUCCUCUCGAUGGUGCCAUGACUCCUUACGACAUGGGCUCCCCUCUUGCCGAAGGCGAUUACGGUACCGCAGACUACGGCGCUUCGUUCUCCCCUAUGGUCCAAGCAGGCGGCGACGAGAUGGGUGGGUUCUCGGCCUACCAAGGUGGAAGCUUCAGCCCUUACAGUGGCGGUCAGAGUCCUGGUUACGCACCGACAAGUCCCUUCAGCAUGGGCACAAGUCCUUCGUCUCCUGGAUACGCCUCGCCAUCAUCACCUGGAUACUCGCCCAGAUCACCUGGUGCAGCUCUUGGCAGUCCUGGUUACGGUAUGGGCUCACCCGCAAGUCCAGCAUACAACCCAACAUCGCCUACUUAUUCGCCUACAUCUCCUGCGUAUGGCAAAGGGUCUCCUACUUCUCCUUCAUAUUCUCCCACAUCUCCCAGCUAUUCGCCAACCUCGCCAAGCUACUCGCCUACGUCGCCGAGCUACUCUCCCACCUCGCCUUCGUACAGUCCCACUUCUCCUGCUCACAGAGGAUCGGGCAUUUCUCCCACCUCUCCACGCUACAGCCCGACCUCGCCGGCCUACUCGCCUACUUCGCCGGCGUACAGCCCAACCAGUCCUUCGUACAAUCCUGGCGGUGCCUCACACUCGCCUACGUCGCCCAGCUACAGCCCGACGUCGCCAGUGUACAGUCCUACCAGUCCGGCCCAGCAGAGCUACUCUCCCACAUCCCCACAGUACACCCCGAACUCCCCUGGUCAAGCCUCGCCCAAGUACUCACCUACUAGCCCCAAGUACUCGCCCAACUCGCCUGGCCAAUAA